AUGUUAAAAUUCCACCAUCAUAUUUCAAAAACUAUUUUAGGAACAUUUCAAAAAAUGGCAAAAUCUUCCAAAUCACUACCAGAUAUUUCUUCAAUUAAAUUAAAUAAUAAAUUAACUGAUAUUGGAUGUAAUUUGGGUCAUCCCUCAUUUAAGAAUGACUUUGAAGAAGUAUUGAAGAGAGCCAAUCAAGCAGGUGUUGAAAAAAUAAUGAUUACAGGACCUAAUGUUUCUGGGAGUAAAGAAGUUUGUGAACUAGCAAAAACCAAACCAGGAUUGUUUUAUUUUACAGCAGGUGUUCAUCCUCAUGAGGCAAAAGAAUUUAAUGAAAAUACAAUUUCAGAAAUCAAUGAAUUAUUAAAAGAAUCUCAUUGUGUUGCUAGUGGUGAGUGUGGACUUGAUUAUAAUAGAAUGUUUUCUACAAAAGAAGAACAAUUGGUGUGUUUUGAGGAACAAUUAAAAUUAGCAUGUAAAGUUAAAAAACCACUUUUCCUUCAUGAAAGAGAAGCUCAUGAUGAUAUGGUAAUGUUGUUGACAAAAUAUAAAUCUGAACUUCCACCUGCUGUGAUACAUUGUUUUACCGGUACUGCAAAAGAGGCAGAAAAGUAUAUAUCAAUGGGUCUUUAUAUUGGAUUGACGGGAUUUUUAGCUAAAGAUAAAACUGAUAAUGGUGUACAAUAUGCAUUAAAAAAUGGAAUAAUUCCAUUAAAUAGGUUAAUGAUUGAAACUGAUGCUCCAUAUAUGUAUUGUAAUAUUGGUAAUAAAAAGCUAAAAAAAAUUAAAGAAUCUAUGUCUGAUGAGGCUAAGGCUCUUCAUAAGUAUUCUAGUUUUGAAAGAAAUGAACCAUGUGCAAUGGCAGCUAUUGUUGAAGUCAUAGCACAUUUUAUGGGUGAGACUGUUGAAAAGGUGGCAGAAGAGACUCAUAAAAAUUCAAUGAUUGUCUUUGGGUUGCAAUAA